AUGUCUUCAUCCAUUCCCUGGGACAAAGUCAAGGCUCUUUCCUUCGACAUCUACGGGACUCUGAUUGACUGGGAGAACGGCAUUGCUGACGCAGCAAGAAGCACAGCCCUGGGCCCCUACCUUCCCAAGGACCACAAGCAACUCCUGCUCGCCAUCGAGUAUCAUGACACGACAGUCCAAAAGGAGCACCCCACCAUGCAGCAAUCGCAGGUGAUCGCCGAAGGCCUCCGACGCUACGCCAAAGAACUUCAGAUCGUUGAAGACGGCAAACUCACCCAGGAUCAAGUGGAGGCAGCAUGCAAGCAGUACGGCGCCUCGAUCCCCUCCUACGCAGCAUUCCCGGACACCGUUGCAGCGAUGCAGCGACUCGGCCAGCGCUUCAAAUUAAUGCCUUUGUCCAAUGUUGACCGCGCAUCUUUCAGUAAAACGCUCGCCGGCCCGCUGAAAGGCGUGCAUUUCGACGCCAUCUACACCGCCGAGGACAUCGGCUCGUACAAGCCGGACCUGCGCAACUUCCACUACCUGCUCGAGCACAUCAAGACCGAUUUUGGCCUGGAGAAGGAGCAGCUUUGCCACGUUGCGCAGAGCUUGUUUCACGAUCACCGCCCGGCGAAGGAAAUGGGGAUUCAGAGUGUGUGGGUGGAUCGGAAGGGGGUGAUGGGGGCGAAGGGCAGCACUGAGGGGGUGGACUUUGGGUACAAGUUCAAGGUUGAUACUCUGGCGGAGCUGGCGGAUAUUGUUGAUAAGGCUCUGUCGUGA